AUGCCUGGUAUUCCCAAAUCAACAGCCUGCCAAGAUUGCAAGCGGAAAAAGAUCAAGUGUGAUCAAAAUUGGCCAGCCUGUGGACAAUGUUUGCGCUCCAAGCUCGCCUGCCAGGGGCCGACAUCCCUCGCCAAGUUUGUCCACCAAGGCGACCACCGAGCCGCGCCUCCAGUUCAAGGGAGGAUACGGCUCGAUUCGCCUGAGCUACAAUCCCAAAACCCUCGCACCAAGUUUGCCAAGCUCGUCCAGCGCGGCCAAGCAUCAACUUUCGAAAAUGGAACCUCCAUAUCUGUGAUGCGCCUCCAGGCACCGCGCAGGAGCCCGCCUUCCACUUCGGCUGAAAGACUUGCCAUCAAGCUCAAUAUCCUCUUGAGGGAUGGUCUCGACAAUGGAGUCUGCAGGCAGAUGAGCUACCUACCGCAUGUUCGGCAGCGACUGGGAGAUAGCACCUGUCUACGAGACUGCACGGCUGUGUUUUGCUCCGCGUGGGCGGACUAUCGUCGCCGGGCGCCCGGGGAGAAGUUAAUCUCCCUGAAGCUCUUUGGAAAGGCGCUCCGGAGUCUUGGGAAGGCUGUCCAGGACGAUAAGACGGCGUUUACAGCGGAGACUCUAGGCGCAAUGGCGCUGCUGGAGCGCACCGAGAGCCUAUUCGGCGUUGGCAGCGUGAAACACUUGGUCAAGCAUUUGAAUGGCAUCAAGUAUGUGCUUCAACAUAAAGGCCCGCCAAAUCUGGAUGAUGGGCUAGAUGUUUUAUUGACUUUUGAGAACCAAGGUGCCCUGUUUGCCUUAUCACUGACAGGUGAUGAGAACUAUAUGUUAAAAGAAAACUGGGAAAAGAUUGCAGAAAAGGCCACCCGGGAGAAGGAGAUAGCCCGUGGACAGGAAUGCUUUUCCGAUGACUUUGAUAUGGGGGAGGGGAUCGUAGCUAAGUGGCCGGACUGGGUCCACAUAACCAAGUCCCUCCGGAAAAAUCCUGAUAUGAUGGAGAACAAGAAGGUAGAACUCCUCGAUACACUUCACAGCCUGGACGAGGAGAUGGAGAUAUUGAUGGCUGGAGUGAUUGAGAAGGCGACUUCUCUGGGUUUUUUGCGUGAGGUUCCCGACGCCGAACUUUUCACCCUGAGCAAGUAUGAGUUUGGAUCACUCUUUUUCGCACAGGCGUUUGCGGGAACACUUCUUCUUCAGAUGGUCAUCCGACGAUUUAUUUACGACAUUGGGGUCAUAUAUGGCUCUCCAGAAGCAAUCACAUAUUCCCGGUACCGAGACAUCUGUGUUCAGUUAUGGAUGAUCUUCCCAUACAUGGCUACGCAAGAUCCUCUUUCUGCGAUGGAUUUGCUCAACCGAGUCUAUCUCAGCAUUGAAGCGGCAGACGAAUAUGAGAAGGAUUGCUUUCUUGAAGCUAUUCUAGCACUGGAUACCUAUCAGAAACGACUCCCAGCAGAUAAGAGACAGCUAGGAGAGUCUCUCCAAAGGAUGGCAGCAAGUCGUUUUGGGCGAGCCACACACCAACCUACAUAA